AUGGCUGAAGAUCGGCUUCACGAAUUGGAUGUCAACGUGUCUGUCGAGACCAAUCUAAGCACCAAAGACCGCAAGAAAUAUGAACAAUAUCAAAAUAUAGCGCUAUGCGAAAAAACACGCCUGAUUGCGAUUGCAAAUGGCCGUUUCGUCGAUUUGUACAGGAUCGAUACCAACGCGAUCCAUCCCUUUCCAUUCCUCCAACAAAUUUCGAUCUCUACGUAUAUUAAUCACGUCUGUGCUUCGAUAUUCACCAACUUGAAUGAUACAGAUCCAAAACUCGUGAAAGCGACUUGUGUUGCUUUUCCCGUUCCGAGUUUUCUUUUAGUUGGAAUCUCCGUUCGAGUUCCAGAAUCUGAAAUGUCGAAGUGUGAAAUUGUAGAAACUAAGACUUUAGUGCUCGGAUUACGAUUGUAUGCAACUUCAGUGACACCAUUUCCGUGUGGCAAGUUUGUUGAUAAGUCUCAAUAUCAUGAACCUUCUGUUCAAGUGUCGUUCAGCUUUGUAGAAAAUGUUUUGGGGACAUUUGACAAGGAGAUUCAGCAUUUCUGCAAUUUUCGACGUGAUAUGACACCUGAUGCUGGUUCUGUAUUGAUUCUUUUGGAGGAUUCAAAUCAAUUUGGAGUUCUGAGCUGGAAAGAACGAUUUAGUGAUCGACAAGUUUGCAUGGCACAAGUCAAGCAGCAAGCUGAAAAUUUGAUAAGUGCUGAAUGCGAUCAUAACGGUCAAUAUGUUGUGCUUGGAGGCGAACGUGGACGACUUUUUCUAAUGAGUUUCAGACACUUUAUGCUUCAUGAAAGUGACGUGGUUCUUACCCAUAAACAAAACGCGGGUCAGCGACUGGUCCUUGGGCCGUGUUCCCGCUCCGGGGUGAUUGUACGAGAUAAUCCUUUGGAACUAGUCCGGAUGGUUCGUACUUUAUCAUUGACCGGAGUGAACUGUGCAAGUACAAGCCUUCGAUGGUGGAGCUUGGAAAUUCGAGGUCAACAUAAGCAGCUUCUUCUUGCUGGUCAGCAAGACGGAUCAUUACGUAUCUUGGAGCUCAUUCAUGAAGAUGAAGAGUUUCAAUGCAUUCUUGACAUGCGAUGCAUUCGGAUAUAUCCAGGCUUAUCGUCAGGCACGCAUGAUGCUGUUCGAAGCAUUUCAAUGCCAAAACUGUGUCAUGAAAAGGAUUCGAAAAUUGUCAAGUUCGUGGUUAUCUCCGACAUGCGCUGGAGGAAUUGGCGAGUAAAGAUUACCGAAACUGGCGCCGAAUCAUCAUGCCCAAUAUGGCCUUCAGUCAGAGAAUCACUAGAAUUCCAGUCAAUUCCGCUUCAAAUCCAAGACGCAAAGAGCAUUAUUUGGCUUUCAAAUUCGGCACAUACAUCAAAAUUGUUUUCUAAAGCUCUUGCAAGCUCGACUCCGGACUACACCUAUCAAAACCCGAUCAUCUUGAUCAUGACAAUUAAUCGCCUACAAGUGGUUGGCCUAUUGAGAGAAACUGUAGCUGAGAAUGAAAAAGCUGUCUCAUCAGAGACAGACGUUGGCGAGGAAGAUGUGGGUGCUACUAGCGAAUACAAGGAAGAGCCAGGAAAGUUACCAAUACCGAAAGUAAACAACAAUGAAGAGAGCGCUUCCAAUGGUCCUACAACCAUCCAAGACAAGUACAAGCUUCCUCCGAUGCUAUGGAAAGCCAAGACGUCUACUACACCUGAUAGUUUCGCCUUCGACAAGAACAAAGAUUCGAAGAUGAGUGGCUCAGAAGAUGUCUCUAUCUCAAAGGUCAGUCGCGAAGAGCAAACUGAGCGCAUUAAAUCUGUUAUUCAACGCGUUGAGACUUUAGAUAGCAUCUUACGUUCAAUGCGAACGUCUUUCCAGCUAUUUUCUUUUGAUGUUCAGCGCCACAUGAAUUUCGUUUCAGAACAACUCGAAGACAAAAGUUUUCUGCAAGAACAAGCUGAGCUGGCUCGCUUUGAUGCAGGAGAACAACCUCAACACCGUCGCAAUGAGACAGCAUCACCGAUAAUUCCACACGUCGCUGAAAAGUACGAUCCGGAUCAUCCUGAUGCAGACUGGGCAGGUUUUGUGCGUCGUUCGUAUAAGAAGCGCUUUUACACAAAUCAAUCUACUGGCAAAGAUAGCCUAAUAUAUGACGAGAAAGGUGGUCUCAUCCCACGCAUUGCUGAACGAUCGACGAUCUCAGGAAAAAAGAUAUUUGAGCGUCAGCUACAUCCGUCAAAUGAGCAUUUGAUAUCUGAUCGUGACAGUAAUUGCUCGGACUGGAAAACAUCAUACACUUCUCAAACAUCAAUGGAAGCAACGGCCAAGGACGAUUUUGUGCUUGGCACGCGGCAAAAUCUACAACAUAAACGUCAUGUGAUGCCAAUGUAUGAACAAGAUGCUCGCAAUCAGUUGUCGGAGAACAAUCGUCAAGGAUCUCCAUCACUUCAUGAUAGUGGGAGCUCGGGAUUGCUCUCUGAACGUCGGAUUGACCCUCGCCGGUCUAUUCUCGCUGGCAUCGGCAAGCUUGUAGCAGCUGAGGACUUAAACGGCAUUAAACCGCCACCGGCACGUCAUUUAUCAGAAAGCUAUAGAAAUUCAUCAUCCAAGACACUUUUACCGGAGAACUACCACGCGACAACUAUCGGGUACACUGGACGUCGAAACAUCCUAUAA